CCUUCCUCUUCACCGCCACAACACCAAAAUAAUCAUGAAUACCCUCUUCUCUCUCAUCAUCUUCCUCCUCCUCCUCCUCCGCCGCUGUUCCGGCCAGUCGCCGGCCGAAGCUCCGGGGCCGCCGCCGCCCAUGAACAUCACAAAAAUACUUGAAAAGGCUGGCCAGUUCACUGUCCUCAUAAGGCUGCUGAAGAGCACUCAAGUGGCUAACCAAAUCAACACUCAGCUCAAUGACUCCAAUUCUGAGCUCACCCUUUUCGCCCCAACUGAUAAUGCCUUCUCCACCCUCCAAUCGGGUACGCUCAACUCCCUCAGCGACCAAGAAAAAGUUGAGCUUCUCCAAUUCCACAUGAUCCCGAAUUUCCUAUCGCUCUCGAACUUCCAAACGGUUAGCAAUCCGGUGAUAACUCAAGCAGGUGACGCUUACGAGUUUCCUCUCAAUGUCACCACCUCUGGCAACUCCGUCAACGUCUCCACCGGCCUCGUCAAUACCUCCAUCUCCGGUACUGUCUACACCGACAACCAACUCGCCAUCUACCAGGUUGACUCCGUCCUCAAACCGAUAGGCGUCUUCCAGCCCCGUCCCCCGCCUCCAGCUCCAGCGCCAGAUAACUCCAAGAAAAAGGCCAAGGCCAUUUCCGAGAGCCCCAAGGAUUCAGCCGAUGACAACUCGGCUGCCGUGGCUCUCACCGGAAUGUCGGUGGUCUCCGCUGUCGCUGCCGCCGGAAUGUUGGUGUGGAUUAGUUCUUGAUUGAAUUUGCUGGGUGUUGUUUGGUGUGGAUAAAUUAAUAUUGGUUUGUGUUGUUGUUUUGAUUUA